UACAAUUUCGGCCCAUUCACUCCAUCGAUGCUUCGUUUUCAGUAAACGCAAACCCUCCUUUUGCCCAUUUCCUGAAUCGGAGAAAAAAGGUUCCGGCGAACAGAACAGCGAUGGCCACCUUGAAAGAGAUCCUAACCAGGCGACCUGUCUCUGCCACCAUCAGGCUCACUGUGCCUGCCGGCGGAGCCCGCCCAGCGCCGCCGGUGGGUCCGGCGCUCGGUCAGUAUCGGCUGAAUCUUAUGGCGUUCUGCAAAGAUUUCAAUGCCAGGACCCAGAAGUACAAGCCCGACACACCCAUGGCCGUCACCAUUACGGCUUUCAAGGACAACACCUUCGAGUUCACCGUCAAGUCGCCGUCGGUCACUUGGUACCUGAAGAAAGCCGCCGGGAUCGACUCCGGGAGCAGCCGCCCAGGCCACGUGGUCGCCUCCACGCUCUCCCUCAAGCACAUUUACGAGAUCGCUAAAGUCAAGCAGUCCGAUCCUUAUUGCCAGUACAUGCCGUUGGAGUCCAUUUGUAAGUCCAUUAUCGGCACUGCGAAUAGCAUGGGAAUUAAGGUUGUUAAGGAAUUGGAUUAAUGCAAUCCCUAAAGUUCUAGGGUUUUUCUGCCCUUGUUCUUCAGUAUCUCGAUUCAAAUUGAAAGGUUUUUUAAUGACCUCAUUCCUCUUACGAUCGGUAUGGUGUGAAUUAAUAUUAUCCUGUAUGCUAAGUCGGCAGUCCUCUCUGCUGGCAUGUUUAGUUUCUUCUAAUACAAUAGAAGUCGAAUCAAUUCCAACGAGUUACUUAUUAAUUUCUGGGCCGUAUUGAUUUGAGCUAUUCAGGAAAGGGAAGGGAGGCUGAGCUAAUAGCUAAGAGUUGCCAUCUUGUUUGAAAGCAAGUUAAUUACAAAUCACGAGAUAUACAAUUCUGCUAUUGGGCUAUAGCCAAUUUUGUAAGACUGCAAACUAGUUGCAUUUUUAUCAAUGAAAAUAUUGCCUUUGCUUGCA